AUGACUUGGGGAAAAAACGGUGCCAAGGGUGCAGCAACGCCCUACAUCGUCUGUCCUCACUGCUCUAGGGCGGGUAAGCAGAGCUGGAUUUUCGUAGACAGAGUCCAGCACCACCCCUUUUGCAACCUGUGUGGCAACGCCUGGAAGACAAAGGGUGCUCCGGUCACUCAAAGACUGCGCCCGCGGGGUCCCAAGAAGAACAGGGACAGAAGCGCAACCACUGAGAGUGCCACCCAAAGCCCCCAACGGCCUAGGAAUCAAGAGGGCAACCUCUCCAAAGCCGUCACGACACUUUGGCAGAAGUUUCCCCCAGAGGUCCAGAAGGAACUGAGCGAGGCAGGUUUCCAAGCAGGCCGGCAGCCGAGUCCGCCUCCAGGCCUCCAGUCUGGAAAAGGCAACGGGGCAAAGGGUGGGCUUGACGAGCAGGCCGAAGCCUCUAAGAACCUGUGGGACUCUGCGUCUGAUGAUCAGAAGAAGCUGAUGCGCCAAGCUGGCAUCCCUGAGCCGGUUGCGUCGGAGCCAACAGACCUUGCGGCCCUUUGCAAGAAGCACUUGGAGUCAAUGCCGCCUUCGAUCCAGCAAGCCCUUGCAGCACUGGAUCCUCCGGCCCCCACGCAGACUCAGCAGAUUGAGAUUGCAACUCGUCGCUUUAAGCAGAGCACUACGGACUUGCGACUGAUGAUCCAGCAAACUGCUGCCUUACAGAUUCGCAUAGACCGCGCCAAAGCAACCUACCAGGAGCUGCUUGAGAAGAUGAAGGUUUGCCAAUCUGAAUUGCAGAGCAAACAAGCUGAAGUCACGGCUAUGCAGUCGGAGUUGGAAGCCACACUCCGUGCUGAUGCUUCGGGUCUGGAGGACCCCGCGCGCAAGGAUGAUCCCUUGGAAGGGCUUCUGGAUACGCUUGCCAAAGUUGGAAUUGUCCUGACCCAGGAGCAGAAGGAUCUUUACGAGGAGGCCCAGCGCGGCAAGCAUAAUGAUGGGCAGCAGAAUAUGGAAGUUGAAGCCACAAACCAGCCUGGUUUGACGGCUCCGACCCGUGCCCCGCUGAGCCAAACUCUGCCAGAACACAAGGGCACUGUCCCUGUGACCGGUGCUUCUCCAAUCUCUGCUUUUGUGGCCACAACCUCAGCAACGGCAUCUCAAGUUGAGGAGUUUCCUCGCUUACAGGCGUCGGGGAGCCAUGCCGAGGUGCCUCCUUUGGCAAGCCCACAUAGCCAGUGGCGCACACUCGAAGGCCAGGUGUGGGAGGCUGUCAAGAACCCAGAUCUGUUGGGAGCAACUUCAGAGGUGGUUGGCCACCUUCUUGAUCAGGUUGAGCAGGGCAGCUUAGGUUGGUGGCUGUGCCAGGAGAUCUUGGCUCUCCAACGUUCUUUUGACUUGACUUUGCUCUUGCUUGUUGCUCGGGGCUUUGAAGUUUUGCGCAAAUCGCAGCCACAGGGGCACAGGCAAAUGCGAGUCACAUCUUGCAACAUCACUUCUUGGAGGCCAGAAGUCAAGCAAUGGUUUUCAGCUCAAGGGGAUGUUAUCUUGAUUCAGGAGCACCACCUUUUGGAGUCCCAAAUUGUUGCUGAAAUUUCGUCUAUGGCUGCCAUGGGCUUUGACUCUUUCCUUGUGCCCGCAGCCCCUGGGGAGGGCCAGUAUACCAACCAAGGUUGCGGUUACGUGGCGGUGACGCUACGCACACAAGGGGCUGACUUGACAGUAGUUAGCCUGUACCUCCAGUCUUCUUCCGGCUUCGGGUCCCCGGUCAACUCUGACAUCCUUGCAUCUCUGCGCGCAAUUCGUCAAUCUGUGAGGGGCCCAAUCCUGAUAGGUGGAGACUGGAACUCGCCUUUGAAGGAUUUGUUGGACACUGCCAUUUUUCAAAGUUUGUCCCUGGAACCAAUUGGGCCCAACAAAGCCACCUGUGGUGACAAUGAGCUUGAUUUUCUGGCUGUAUCACACUGCCUGGAAGGUUUGCUCCGGGUUGAUGCCUCCUGGGAUGUUCCUUUCAAGCCACAUGCAGCAAUCCAAGUUGCCCUCAAUGUGGGCGCUUUCCAGCUCACCACUCCACAGCUUCCCUCCUUUGUGCUUUCCUUCAGGGAAGAACCGCUUGAUUACAUACAGGUUGAGGAGACCCUCGCCUCUUUGCCGGAUACCACCUUUUCGGCUGACCCUCUGAGCAAUCGACUGGCUUCCAUUUCCAGUUCGGUUGAGCACAGUCUUUUGCAAUCGUCCCAGGGUAUUGGUCGCCAACUCCAAGUUGCAUUCCUCCCAGCUGUUCCUCGCAUGUCCCAGUUCGCAUGGGAAGGUUCUUGCCAGGCUUUUUGGCACCGGGUACAAUUUCUGUGCCAGGGAGACCACCCCAAACGUCGAGAGCAAUGCCAGGAGUAUUUGCCGCAGAUCCUGGACCACUGGCAGGGCAACUCGGAGGAAGCUGUUUCUUUACUUUCUACGCUCCAGGCCUGUCUCUCGGAGCAGGCUGCUGUUCCCGAGCCCGUCCAGCAAACAUUGCAGGAACAAUUUCUGCUGGCCUCUAAAGUUCACCAGGAUGCCCAGACCAAAUCGUACAGGACCUUCCUCCUCUUCCACACGCAGAGCAACAGGCUCGCGGACAGCUACGGGAACUUGCUGCUCAGCAGGUGGUCCCUGAUCCAAGAGUGGACGGUCUCCUACCAGGCCCUGGCUCCUUGGGAUGCCGCAGUGCCAGGUCGAACAUCUUUAGACAUCGGCAUCCGCCGGCCACUGGCCUCACUCACAACAUCGACCAGUGGCUGGAUGACAUUUCGGCUGACGUGGUAG